AUGGCCGGAGGAGACGAGGUCCCAGUCGCGAACAAAACCCUAGAUUCGACGAGCCCACUCUACAUGCAUCCAUCGGAGAGCGCUGGGUCUAUGCUAGUUCCGAUAGCUUUUGAUGGAACUAGGUAUAGAUCAUGGAGAAGAGGAAUCCUUAGAGCACUUUCUGUGAAGAAUAAGUUGGGGUUCAUCACCGAAAAGUGUAAGAAGCCGACCUCUGAUUCAAGUGACCUUGAUCAAUGGGAGCGAUGCGACGAUAUGGUGACCUCAUGGAUCUUAAAUUCAUUGUCAAAGGAUCUAGCUGACAGUUUACAAUACGUGAACGAUGCAAAAGAGCUUUGGCAAGAGCUAGAAGAUAGAUACGACCAGACUAAUGGGGCGAAAUUGUAUCAAUUACAAAAGGAGAUAAAUGAUCUGAGCCAAGGAAGUCUGGACAUCACUGGAUACUAUACAAAAAUGAAGAAACUUUGGGAAGAACUCAACAGUCUGAAUAUUCAUGCUAAAUGUACUUGNGAGCUUGUGUGGCUAGCUAGUACUGCUGACUUGAACUUACUAUUCCUAUUGGCCUUUGCCCAUUACCUAUAUUUUGUGAUAGCCAAGCUGCCUUACAUAAUUGCGAAAAAUACCUGUAUUCCAUGA